AAGUCUGAAACAUGCGAGAGAGAUAGAAGUGGAGAACUGUGUCUGGUGAUAUUCGGGGAUUAUGAAGUGGUUGUGUUACACCGGGAACAACAAGCACCUCACCGUACCAGCUGGGUUACUAGUGAGGGUCCAGAACAUUUAAAGACUUGUGUAAAAGGGGACAGCACUCACCUGGAAACAGGGAAUAUGGGGCUAUCUGGAACAGCGGUGUGGAGAUAAUGUUUUUGGAAAGAAGGGAAUGGGAAUAUCUGCUUGCCACUACUGAAAGCAGAGAGCGGCAGAAGUGCCUACCCGUCUCUACCCGACUACUACUGGACGGACAGAGAGACCGUGACAUUAACUCCCGGUUCUCCGUGUUGAUCUUUAAAGCCGGGAAAAGGAAGCUCAGAUUUCAGAACGUAUAUUUCAAAACGCCUUUGGCCAAAUUGCUGUAGUGGUUGACACAGUCACCUGUUGGCAACCCCCGUGUCCCAUCCCCUGUCACUGGUUCAAGAGACUUAACUGAAACCCAAAUGGGGGGGCCGAGGGUGCAUUCUUUAAAUCAGAAGCAGACAUAAAAUAGACACCUGGAUGCAUUUAUAUACCAGUGGACAAAAAGAAGAAGGAAUUCCAUUAAACACCUCUCAAGUCAACCCCCUCUAUUCUGUCACAUUCCAGAGAACCGCAAGUUACACAGCUCAUGAGCAAGCAAUCAAAGCAAACGCUGUAUAACAUGAACACCUGAGAACUACCGAGCCGACUGCACACAGUUGCGUUUAGUGUUAAUGGCAAGGACCUGAAAAGACGCACUAGAUUGUUGUAACGGAGACUAAAGUGAUUGGCGAUUGCUUUUCGAUCAUCUACAAAUGAAAAUAACAUGUAUUUUAGAAUAUGACCAGAUUGUCUUAUGGGAAAUCGGUUCCAAGAUUUUCAUACACCGUAGUUCUAAUUUCCCAUCAGGUAGAGAUUUAAAGAGAGAUCUGUCCGGGCUCGUUUCCUGAUACAGUGAUGUGGCACACUCACAGCAAAAACAUCAAAAAAAGUGAAAUGAUUAAACUAUAAUGAUAUCUUUAGACAAGCACCUCUGAGAAGGUGCUAGGUUCGGGUCCCGUCCCGGUGUGUCAGCCAGCCCGAAGGGGUGUCUGUCUGUCAGGCGCCAGGCGGAUUCGCGUGGGUCGGCGCUAAUACGAUAAAUGGGCGACUUUUCUAAGUGUAUGUAGAAAAUCUAAUAUACUAAAUAAUAAUCACUUUUAAACGCACAGUUUCCUCGACUCUGUAGUUCCAAUGGGGUGAUCCUCUCUGCACGGGUCCCGCAGCAAUGGGUGCGAACUGCAAUCAAGCUGCAGCAGAAACUCUGUCUGACUUUGUUCUGAAUUGAUUUUUUUUUUUUUAAACCGCCAAAUCCCCACGGGACACCUUAAAUAUGUAUAUUGAAACUUGGAAAUGUUCUUAACCCUUUCGUCGCCAAAGAAUAUGUCGCUUUCAGAAGUCAGGUACGGUAAUGGAAUAUACUAGUGCAUUCUUUUCAUAGUAUGAGGAGGCUGUCUCAAUGCGUGGCUGUGACCUUCCUCACUCUGCUGCUCUCUCCAGUCUGUCUGUCCUCCCCCCAUGUAAGCAAAUCUACCCCUUUGGGCUCCCUGAGGGGUGAAGCCCCGUCCCUGAGUCGUGCCCGUCGGCAGCUGCAAUUCGGUAACGAGUGGAGCUCCUGGAUUGGCUGGUCCGCAUGUUCACGCACCUGUGGAGGAGGGGCCUCCGUUCGAAGUCGGACCUGCAUCACCAGGAACCUGCAGGUGGGGCUGUGCCCCGGGGAGCCCAGGCAGUAUAAGAUCUGCAACAUCCAGGACUGUCCGUCAGGGGCGCUGGGAUUCCGGGAGCUACAGUGUGCUGCCUAUAAUGAUAAACCCUUGAUGGGCAGCGGGAGAUACAAGUGGACAACCUUCCAGGGAGCUGCAGGUUCAACCCCCUGUGAUCUCAGCUGCUUGGCACUGGGGCACAAUUUCUACUAUAACUUUGGGCGAGUGCUGGACGGGACGCCCUGCCAGACUGAACUGGGUGGGGUCUGCAUCAAUGGGCGCUGUUUGCAGCCCGGCUGUGACCUGAUCCUGGGCUCGGAUCAGCGGCAGGAUGCCUGCAUGGUGUGUGGGGGGCGCAACACCACCUGUCUGCUUCACCGUAGUGUAUACUGGAGUCCCAGCCAGGCUGUCGGUCCCUUUGGAUAUAAUGAAGUCACAAUGAUUCCCGCUGGAGCCACUCACAUCCGGGUGACUGACAACAGCAAGAACUACCUGGCACUGCAGAACGGGCGCUCCCAGUAUGUCAUCAAUGGUAACUGGGAGAUCGACUGGCCGGGGGAGUACAGCGUCGCUGGGACCAAGCUGGUGUACAAGCGCUCAGCAGACAGCCGGGAGAGCUUUGAGGCUUCAGGACCCACCCAAGAGGAUCUGCACAUCAUGGUGCUGUCCACUGACAGGAACUCUGAGAUUGAGUAUGAGUACUGGUUGCCACGCGACCGUUACGCGCUUUACCAUGGGGGGAGGAGCCAGUUGCACCAGCCUCAUCAAUCAGCAACCUUCUCGCCAUGGCAACGUCCAACCAGCACCACAACAACACUGACUACUACUACCACAACAACAAGCAGGCCUCCUUCAACCACUACCACCACCACUCCAGCCUGGGCUCCUGCAGGACACAAUCCAUCUCAGCAUCAAAACAACCAGCCGCUGGCACGCCUGGAGCGAGAUGAGAACUGGAGCAACCUGAUCCCUCAGCACCACAGACCCGGUCACUGUGGGCAGUGCAGGAGGGUCAGAGGGAAAGCAAACCGCGUCAGACAGUACUGCGAGAAGGACUUCGUGUUCCAUGGCAAGGUGCUGGGGAAGCAGUACAGGGGUCAGGAGACACGCUACGAAAUGCAGGUGAUCCACACCUACCGCAACCGCUUCCCACUGGUGCGCCGCGAGUUCAUGUGGGUGCCCAACGUGUGUGACUGCCCCCAGCUGGAGGAGGGCCGUCACUACGUGAUGAUGGCGCGGCAGCAUGUCAACUACGAGCGCACGCUGAACCGCAUCCUGCUGGAGCCCGACAGCUACGUGCGAGAUUACCGCCCCCGGGAAGACGAGGUGCUGCGCUCCCUGGAACCGGAGUGCCUGAAGCAGAGCUACCCUCCCGCAUCCUGAUCAGAGGGGCUGGAGACACCCCACCCUGGAGAGAGCACCUACACACUCUCACACCGCUGCUCACAUCGCUCUGCCCGCAGCCAAAAGGAGCGCACUCUUAUUGAAAAUGAGAAGAGUAAGGAACUGGUGGGGAUGGUUCAGAAGCUGGGAACUGGAGAUCACCAGAGUCCAGCCAAUUCUGUACAGAGAACUAGGGAUCCGAGAGCCAGCAAAUGGAACAAAGAGAGCUCUCAUUUGGGGAUGUGUGAACAUCUGAAAUGUAAAAAUCUGCCUUGGCCUUUUUUUUUUUGACCAACAAGUAGCAAUAUUAGUUCACAUUUGGGGUCAUUUUAUUUAGCCUCAAUUCUCUUUCCUCAAUUCCCCCAAAGUUUAGGAAAGUCACUUGAAAAUUAACUGACCCGGAGAGAAAGGACUUAGACAGUCAAUACUAAAGGAGAAUAUUAAUUUUGUUCACUAGAAACAGAGCCUGCCCACAACAUGUAGCCCAUCAGGGACCUUAAUGACACUGUAAUCUCUGCCAACAAGCUCCUGAAGCAGUAAUCUACCCUGGAUGUGAAAGAACAUCCUUGGGAGAGCUUUUGUCUAACCCCCAUAUUCUACACCCCGCCCCCCACACCCCCAAUUCUGAACUGGAGUGUGUUCCUGUGUAAUGUUUUAUAAUUUAUAAAGACUUCAGCACAGCACCAAAGAUCACUUGUGUAUAACAUUUUGUUUUGCAUUAUAUACAUUUAUAAUACCUGUACCUGUAUUAUUAUGUGUCUAUUACUAUCACUUAAAUCAACAAAAGUGUAUUAUUAUUAUUCUUUAUAUAGGCUAAAGACGUGUAGCUGAAAUGAAAUUCUGGCAGGAUCAGAUUAUCGGUUCCAACAGAAUUCUGGUUCCAAUUCUAGUCUCGUUAUUUCGUUAAUGAUGAAAACGAUACACCUCACAUGCCAUUAUUUG